CUUUCAAGUUAAUGGGUAUCCAUCAAUCAUCACAAAUACAUAAACAAAUGAUUGAGAAAGAGAGAUAUUUUCCCUCUCACAAAUUUGGGAUUAUUCUUUCUUGUUUUCAGUAAUAUUCUGAAUUUGCACUUGUGGGUUUUACUUUAUUUAUGUCCAUUGCCUGCCAGCAUAUAGAUUCUCUCUCUCUGUUGCAAAUCUAGAGCCCGUGAAUGCAUGAAUGUGCUCUGCGAUUUCUCUGCUUUGAUUCUCUCUGCUACUCAUAGAAAGAUUUCCUGCUUGUCAUUUUCUUUACCUCUCCUUUUCAUGGAUGCUCUCUUUUUUGGGGGGUUUUAGGUGAUUUUAGGCAUAAUGCACAUCCGGGUACUCAUAGUCAUAGAUAGUGUUACAUGUGCACACAAUUUAUUCCAUUUUCAAUCUACUCAUUUGGGUAUAAAUAGAGAUUGUCAUCUGGGUAUUCUUCAUUGCAGUACAUCUUCUACUUCCUUGCAUUAGGUGGUCUAAUUUGUGCACUUCCUCGAAGGCAGGACAAUGAGUCGAACAAGCUCUUCAACGGGUUCUGGUAGCAGAACAACUAGAAGGACAGUUGAAUUUGGAAGGACAUAUGUGGUGAAGCCAAAAGGGAGACACCAGGCUACAAUAGUCUGGUUGCAUGGCCUUGGCGAUAAUGGCUCGAGCUGGUCCCAACUCUUGGAAAAACUUGCUCUUCCAAAUAUCAAGUGGAUAUGCCCAUCUGCUCCUACUCGCCCAGUGGCUAUACUUGGUGGAUUCCCUCGCACUGCAUGGUUUGACGUGGGAGAACUUUCAGAAGAUAGUCCUGAUGAUUUUGAAGGUUUAGAUGCUUCAGCAGCGCAUAUUGCAAACUUGUUGUCAACAGAGCCUGCUGAUAUUAAACUUGGUAUUGGGGGUUUUAGUAUGGGUGCUGCAACUGCCCUCUACUCUGCAACUUGUUUUGCCCAGGGAAAAUAUGGAAAUGGGAUCACUUACCCUGUUAACUUGAGGGCUAUUGUUGGUCUAAGUGGUUGGCUUCCUGGUUCAAGGACGUUGAGGAACAAGAUAGAAGGAUCACACGAGGCUGCAAGGCGUGCUGCAUCUUUGCCUAUUUUGCUCUGUCACGGAAUCUGUGAUGAUGUGGUGGCUCAUAAAUUUGGAGAGAACUCCGCACAGUACUUGAGUUUAGCAGGAUUUCGAUAUCUUACAUUCAAAUCCUAUGACGGGCUUGGUCAUUACACGGUCCCUAAAGAGAUGGAUGAAGUCUGCAAUUGGCUACACGGGAGGCUUGGGCUUGAGGGAUCGCGCUGAUGAUAUCAUAGCACACAGAAUUUCAUUUUUCUAGUUUUGACUAGUACGGCUGAAGAAUGAGAAAGGAAAUAACAGUAUUUAAAAGGCAUAUACAUAUUGAUUUAGAGGGUGCAAGGUAUAUGGUAUAGGUAAUCUAAUUCCCGUUUUGUCAUCUCACCGGUCUUACAAUAAGUCUUGGAUAUGUUGCUUUUCCUUUGGCUCCUAGACACCUAUAUUGGUGAUGUUCUAGUCGAAUUCUACUACUUAAGUUAAUUAAGAGCAUUUUGUAUUUUGUAUUUGUUUUUCCCGGUAAUAAUCAAUUUAGAGGGCUAUGGUCUUUUGUGUA